AUGGGGUCCGACGGCAGCAAAACCAGAAAGGUGAGUUCACAGAAAAUACCUGGUUGCCUAGGUGCAACGAGCUUGGUGGGGUUCGGUGUUUCCAUGGCAAUGAUAUAACUGGUUACCGAUAUCACUAGGCAACGAUAGGCAGUGUUUCCAUCCGUUUCUACUCCCGUAUUAAACUACUGUAUGCUGAAAAUGUUCAUAGUUGAUAGUUAUUAGAACUGGACAAACUUAACACGCAUUAUUACCCCAUAAAUAUUUGUGUUUAAAAAAAAACACGGUAUGAGUUUGUAUGCUUUUACUUUGAAGGCGGGUUCGAAACGCUUCUGUACGGUGGCCGAGAACCGCCACUGCUGCAAAUUUAAAAAAAAAUUUAAAAAUGCAAAAAAAAUAAAAGUCACAACCUAAGUUACUGAAGCAAAAAAACAAACAAAAAAAAAACAAAGCCUACUUCAAAUAAAAAAGGAAUGGUGCAGAUAAAAAAAAAGGCACAAUGGAAGUUAAUGACACACAAAAAAAGUGGUGAUAGAAAAAAAAAAAGUUACUUACUGUGAAAAUAAAAGGAUGCAAAUUUUAAAAAAGCCAUAACGGAAGUGAGCUGCCAGGGACCAAUAAUAAUGAUACACCGGUGUUUUACAAUCUAGGUACAGAAGACGACGGCGAGAAGAUGAGCAAAGAAGUUAUUGGAAAGGUUAUUGUUUAAUUUAGAUUAGUGUGCUUUUUAAUGUGUCAUUUGGUUAGGCCAUGUAGCACCUGAGUUGAUAUGAAGGUGAAUUUUAGGAUGGCUGGGUAGUAUUAGCUUCAAUUCAACUUCAUAUCGACUCAGGCAUCAUCAUUAUUGGUCCCCAGCAGCUCACUUCCGUUGUGGCUUUUUUUAUUCACAUUGUUUUAUUUUCGUAGCAAAUAACUUUUUUUUUUUGCCAUAUUUUUUUUUGCCAUAUUUUUUUUGCGUCAUUAACUUCCAUUGUGGCUUUUUUUUUUUUUUUUUUUUAUCUGCACCGCCUCUUUUUUAUUUGCAGCAGGCUCUGGUUCCUUUUUUUUCCAUCAGUAACUGUUUUUUGCAGUCUUUUUAUUUGCAGCAGUGGCUGUUCUCGGCCACCGUACUUCCAGUAUUGAUAUGUAUUUUUUGAGACAUCAAUCGAGGGGGACAAAAUAGCAUGUCCCAAUUAAAUCCCAGUAUCGACCAGACGCUUGACAGAUCCAGGUUAGAUAUUAGAUCGUUGUCAGCCAUCAUUGAGAGUAUAUAUCGAGUUGUGCUGGGCUGUAUCCUAGAGUGGCUCAUGAUGAGAUAACAACAGCAUUCUGCAUGGCUGGUUGCACAAAUUUGCACCACAUAGCAUCACAUCUGCUGUGCUGCAGCCCAGGGGGAGAGGGCCUGUAUGACCAAGUGUAUGCAUAUUCAAUGCUGACCAAAGGGUUAUACUUUUCCUUCCAAGUAAAUAACAAAUGAAAGCAAGAAAAGUUUGUGAAAGUAAUGUGUUAGCCACUGGACUUUGCUGGUGCAUUUUGUUGCCUUGGGCCAUGAUGGUUUGAAGUUGCCAGGAGUUGAGAGUUUGGACCAUUAAGUCUAGCAUUAAGUUUAGGUUAUCUAGGUAAUUUUAUGAAUGCAGUUGGAAAAAAUACAGUGGGGAAUCAUUUACCCUUUAAUGCCUUUUGUAUCAUAUUUGAUACAUAUUUUUAUAUACUUCUAUCAAAUCAAUAUGAUCAACAAAUUACUAAAAAAACACCUGAAUACAGUCCAAUCAAUGAUAAAAAUGUCCUCUUGUAGUUUAUCAAUUUCCAAAAACAUCUAAUGUAUCAAACAAAAUAAAUUUAUUUGUUCAAUUUUAAGGACAUUUUGAUUUUUUUGGUUUUCAGUAGUAAGUGAAAUGAACAUUUCAGCUCCAAAAAAAUGUGAAUUUUCUGGCUAUAAUUUGUGGUGUCAGGCAUUAAAAGGCUACAAACGCAAAAUAUAUUGAUAUGUAUUUCCAUAAGCAACUAAUGACACAUUGGUAAUGUCCAUUUUUUUUUUACCAAUGUAUGUGCUGUUUGAUUCUUUAAACAGUGGUGCUGAUGUUAGCCACAAGACAUAAAUAGGAAAAAUCUCUCUGAAAACAUGUAAUAACUCAAAGUAAUAUGCUUGCAAAUGUGCUUGACUUUUUGGGUCAUUCUUGUCCCUCUCUCUUUUACAGAGGCCCGCUGAAGGAGAGCAGGCGGCUGAGGAUUUCUCGUCUGGAUGGCGUGGAUUCCUCUCCAGCAUGGGUCUCUCCAUCCCGGCAGGUCUCUGUCGCCUGGCUCCACCUGCCUUCCGUCUGGGCCAGCGAAGAAUGCUCCAAGGCAAGCCCCCUGACAUCCCAGAGCACGUGCUGAGGUUGGCUGGGGUUGGCCCAGAGAAGCUAAGAGCAGAGUGGAGCCUGCCGGGGUUCAUUACCAUGUUUCUGCCCGAGUUCCCCCACAGAACAAUUCCUGGGCAUGAACACUUUCAGGUAUACUUCAAUUUCAAUGAAACCACGAAUCAAAAGGUAACCUGUGGGGCUGCCCAUUUGGUAUUUCUCCCUUAUCUCUGCCUCUCCAACAGGUGCUGAGUUAUAUCGCCAAAGGUUCAUUUGGACCCAUUCUGAAAGUGAAGGAUAAGGCCAGACAGAGAACAUAUGCUGUCAAAGUGAGUCCUGUGUUUGAUGUUAGAGUAUUUAGGCUACUGGAGAUCAAAUCAAGAGUCUGGUUUAGGAACACAGCCCUCCAUGCUGGUGAAAUAUUUAUGAAUGUGCAAAGUAAAUUCAUUUAUAAUAUGCUGUCCCAGUUAAUGAUUGAAGCUUUCAACCUUUCUGUAAAUGAACUUGGAGUAAAAAAUUUACAAGGAAAUUAGCACUUCUUGGUUUAGUCAAAUGUUUUCUGAAUCAACCUCGUGUUUUUAUGCCAACAGGUCAUACCGAAGGCAGAGAUUUUAAGGCUUGGGGUGUUGGAACAGUCCAAAGAGGAAGUCAUUGUACAGGUGGGUUUUAAUGAUAAUGUUUACAAAUUAAAGAAAUCAUGAUGUUUUGGAAGUUUUUUGUUAAUAUGGUAUCAAGAGAUUUUAAAGAACAGCACCCUCAUAGAUUAAAUUUAGUACCAGUUUACCCUGAGCUGUCUUUUUUAUUGUCUGUAUUCUGUAUUCAUCCCAUAAUAUGAAAGAGUAUAUCCAUUAUUUUGAACUGCCUUUCUUUUUUUAUUCAGCUGCUACUCUAGCACAUUUUACACAUGUAAUGUAAAUCAAAUAUUCAAUGAGAGAAAUGUUUAAAAUACAAAUAUAUGUGCAGUUGACGUGUUGUCAUACAUGGAAAUGUUGUUUUAUGUUCCCAACUGGAAAUUACAAGGGCUUUCGUUUGAUCAACACAAGCAGGAGUUGCAAAGGUUGUAAAUGAAUUUAAAAACUAAAAAAAAAAAACUAGGUUUGAAUAAAACAGAAUGGGCCUUUUCUUUGAUCCAAGGCCAAAAGUAAGGUUUUUCAGGCUGAUCUUGAACCUUUGCCCACAGCGUCAGGUUCGCCAUCCAUUUGUCCAUGACCUCCAGGACUGCUGGCAGACUCAGCGCCACCUCUACAUUAGUGAGUCAGCCAGAGAGCAAUGACCCAGUCCAACCCAGAUCCACUAUCUAAAACCCCUUACCCUCACUCCACCUAUUCUCUCCUCGACACCAUAGUCUUUGUCCAGAAUCUCCCCACAAUUCUCAACCUUUCACCCAGAACCAAAUGAACAAAAUACAGAGACUCCCUUCAAGAACCCCUGCACCGACCCCAAUCUACCACUGCCUGAGUCCUCUGUAUCUGUUUUGCCCCUUUUCCCUUUCCUCCACAGCAGUUACCCUUUAUUUCCAAAUCAACCACUGACUCAGAAAGUGUGACCCAGUUUGUUUGCUUCCCCACCCCCUGUGAAAGGAGAGCAUGUUUAGCCCGGGGACCAGAUGCUGAAUGUUGCUGCUGCUGCUUAGAACAAGAGCAUACGUGUCACAUUCAAAAGGGACGCUCUUGCUUGCUUUAACAGUGAAUCAUCACUGAAUCACAGAGAUGUUAAUGUAGAUAGGGUGCACAUUAGGAGCAAAUCAUCACAGCGGCUCUUUGAAACUAUAAACAACUGAGAAAAACGUUGUUCUUAGUGGGUCAAAACUUGAUAUUUGCUGUAUCCCUGUAAUUUCAAAGCUUAGGCAGUUGAUAAUCCACUUUUCUUGACACAACCGCCUAUUUACAUCUGCACUUUUUUGUAACUUUUUUUGGGGGGUUACCCAGCAGGCAGUCUCAAUAGACUGCUUUAAUUCACCUGUGUUUGUAGAGGAUGUUAGUGUUACACUCUCCUACACUUCUCUUUCCCUAUUUCUCUCACCAGUGUGUGUUUCCUAUCCUGCUGGCCUUCACUUUCCCCCCUCGCACCUUGUUUUGCAUGAGAGUGGCAGGAUUUAAUGCUGUCUCUUCUCCCCUUGCAGUGUGUGACUACUGCAGCACAGGAGACCUGUACACUUACUGGCAGAUGAUUGGUCAGUUUACAGAGGACACUGUCCGAGUGUUUGCCGCAGAGUUGGGCUGUGCACUUGGUAUGUAUGUAUGUAAAGUAAAUCUGUUGUUACAUUCAGAGAGAUAGUUCAGCCUGCUUAUUUAGUGUUAACUUCAACCUUUUUAUCAAAUAGCUUAAUAAAAUCUAGUUCAGAGUCAUUCCAGCAGUGUUUAAUUUCAAGUAACAGGUCCUAUUUAAAUGAGAUGAACCCCCAGAGGCAUCCUGAACAGUAACAAAGUAGUGUCAUGUCCUCUAAAGGACAUAAAUCAAAUAUUAAGGUAAAAUGUUGGAUGUUAUGAGCAACAUCUCAGAUUGCAAGCUUCAUGUAUGUUGAAGAAAUCCCCAAUGGAACUACGGGGUGCUCUUAAUGACUUGUUCAAAAAGUGAAAAUCAUGUAAAACUGCUAAGAAGCUAUUAGAGAGAAAAUAUAUAGCCAAAAAAUAAGCAUACUACCCUCCUCUUUAAUUACGUUUUUAUGUUGUUAAGCACUUUGUAACUCUGUUUUAAAAAGUGCUAUAUGAAUACAGUUAUUACUAUUAAUAAUUAUUACUUUUAAACUGGUUUUCUUUAGGCUUUCUUCAUGACUUUGGGAUUAUCCACAGAGAUGUGAAGGUAAGAGAGGGACCUCAUUCACAUGCUUGGGACCAAAAUGUCAGAAAAGUUGUUUUUAGCUACAGAGUGUUUGGCAAGACACAUUAAAAAGGAAAUGAAAUUAGUCCUGACAAAACUGAGUUCAUCCUCAGGCAUUUUUUCAACUAAGGUUAUUUUUUGAAGAAACUGGACAGUACAAGGAAGUUCAACAUUCUUUAAGUCUUUUUGUUUGUUUUUAUUCUUAUAAAAUAGUAUCUCUGUUUUGUUUGUGUUCAUUUUGUGAAAUUUAACCCUGCAGAACUGUAUUUGUGCAGUUUAAGUAAGGUUGGUGGUACAUUAACAAACAAGUUUGUAAUUUAGUUAGUAAAUGAUUACUAUCACAGGUAACAAAAUGACUUGAUUUGACUGAUUUUAUAUUAUAGUAAAUUUCUGAUCUUGUAAGCAUAAUAACAAAGAUGGUUAACUCUUGGAUUUUGGCACUUUUGUCUUUGUAGAUGGAGAAUAUCCUUCUGACCGAUAAUGGUGAGUACCAGCUAGUCCCCAGCAGAGAGCAGCAUAGCUUUGGUAUUCAGAGAACCUUCCAGAUGACAUAAUGUUUGAGCACAACUGUCCGCUGAUUCAAGUUAAUACAGGGCAUAAGUUUGCGAACAGCCAAUCACACAGUUCCUUUCAACCGCAGUAUAUUUGUGUGUUUUACCUCAGUCUAAACAAUAACAGUAAGAAGACUUUAAAUCCACAGAUUCAUAUCAUGUCCACAUAGUGAUAUAAAGAAAAUGGUUUCUUCCAGGACACCUCCGCUUGGCUGAUUUUGGUUUGUCCCGUCGCCUAGAGAGAGGAGGAAGAGCUUUUACCAUCUGUGGAACAAUCCAAUACAUGGGUGAGAAAUAUUCCAACACAUCAUCCAUGUCCACAUCCUUAUUGCAACACACUGACAAACCAACAUUUUUUUAAAUUGUGCAAUUAUAACUGAACCAGUUACUAAAUAAAUAAUAAAAAUAGGUGACUAUAGGACUAUGUGGUAAAGUACACAUUGUCUGUCUGAUCUGCAGCCCCGGAGGUACUGAGUGGUGGACCUUACAACCAUGCAGCUGAUUGGUGGUCGCUGGGAAUCCUGCUUUUCUCAUUGGUAACAGGGAAGGUGAGGUGUUGUCGUCAGAAGACUCAGUGUGUCCUGCGUGUUAAACAGAUGUAAUGUUGUGACACAGCUCAGCUUACAUUUUGCUGCAAAAAAAUGUGAAAAGGAAGUAGACAUAGGAUUUAUGAGGCAUUUAUAACAUUAAUUACACUAGUGAGGGUUUGUUGAGGUCGUAAAAAUAUGUCUAGUCAUUGUGUUUUUUUUACCUCCAAGACUAAAGCCUAUGUUUCUGCAAAUACCAAUGCUUUCCAUUAUACCCUUUUCCUUAUCUCAUCCUCUUAUUCAGUUCCCCGUGUCUCCAGAGUCCGACCACUGCAGCAUGCUGAGAAAAGUGAGGGGGUUCCCAUAUGAAAUGCCCCUCAGCUUCAGCCCCCCUUUUGCCUUGCUAAUAACUGAGGUGAUUACACAAAGUGAAUUUUUUUAACACAAAACUUUCGGUUCUAUCAUUUUUAUUUUUUUGAUUAUGUGCAUAAUUAUUUGUUUUCUACUCUGUCUAGUUUUAUGUCAGGUUAUAAUGUUUUCGUGUUUCUCCUUUAAGCUUUUGUGUAAGACUCCUACCCGCCGUCUGAGGACCUUUGAGCGAUUCAAGCGCCAAACUUUCUUCUUUGGAAUGACCUUUGACCUCGCCCUGCUCCAACGCCAGCCUAUAGAGGUAGAGAAUGGCUGCAUGUAUUUAUUUUGUUCAAACAUAAGUCAUAAUAUCAGAGAAAUAUAAUGAGUGAUAAUCCCUCGUCUCACUGUCUAGGUGAUUCUGGAGUUAAGAGAGAGACCAGACCGAGCUGCCAAAGCUCGACGAGGCCUCACUCUGUCUCUGCAGCCCCUGAAGGGCUUUGACUACGACUUGUUCCUCAGCCCCCCUGCCACGCCGGACACCCAGCUGGAUGUCAUUGCGUACACUCACACAGCUGCACCGCUCCCUGGCCCUAUACUCACGCUACAGCCUCCUCAGGGGAAAGGCCCACGCAGGGAAGUAUUUGUGUGACAGACUCAGAGUUUACAGGAAGUUUUCAUUGACAAAGUAGGUUAUGAUAUGUUUUUCUGCACUCUUAUUCAUCCUCACACACAGGUGUGGUGAGCCUUCUCAGAUGUUUUAUAAUUUGAAUUCACUGGUUAGAAUAGAAACACGAAAACUUCAUCGUUCGUGAUUUUUUUUUUGACAUUUGUCAUUUUGUAAUGGACACUCUGUAAUUAUUUUUUGUACUUGUUUGCCUUUCUCCAUUGAGCACCUUUCCAAGCCUGCUGUAUUUGAAUAACAGCUUUGCAAGAACGAUUGCGCUUUUGUUCCUUUACUUUCAGUUUUCCAGACUGGUCAUGUCUGCCCUGAUAAAACAUGAAGUUCAACAGCAAACUUAUUCACCCCACAAGGCAAAGUCAUGCAGAUAAAAUACAAUGCACUGUUUUUUUCAGCAAGUUAUGUCAAGUUUAAGAAAAAAAAAACGAGUGUUUUUACUCAAUUUUUGCCUUUAUUCCCAUUUGUCCAGGUUAUGAAAUUGUUUUAGCACAAGUUUUGUUCCCUCAUAUCUGUGUGAUUUCUGCUCUAUGACCUACACUUACCUUUGUUAAAUUGUAUAACCAAAACUUGACCUUCACUGAAUAUAAUUAGCUGCAAGUUUUUUUUCCUCCUGCGCAACAUGAAAUGCAAGUUUGAUAUAUCAGACUGAGAAGAGUAUGCCUUCAGCAUCUGCUCUAUUUUUAUCAUAUGACUCAGGGAAGAAUUAGCUGGUUUUCCCAGGUCAGCCUUGAUUUUGUCUCAAUGAGCAACAAUUUUGUUCACCAUCAGUUUAUAAUUCGAUAGAUUCAGGGCUUUUUUAUUGGCUAAGGCUGCAGUUACCUACAGUAAUGACACACUCAUGCACUUACCUGAUCAUCACUUUAUGAUUUUGUAAAGUACACCCUGAUGUGUACCUUUAAUGCCUCACGUGUCACCCUAAGCUUGUUAUCUUGUCACAGAAAUACUUGUUUGUAAAUUCCUCUUUAUAAAGUUUAUAUGAAGAUUUUGGAUGCGAUUCGAUGUUCUGUUACAAUGUACUUUUGAAAUAACCUUGUAACACAGAUGGAUUAUUAAACUCUUACUGUAUAGAGAUCUGAUUUGGAUGUUUGUGUCUGUCUUGAAGGAACGGAGGACUUCUUACAUCAGUUGUCAAAAUCUCGGGCUGGAACAGAAAAUCAUUGCUUCUCUUUCUCCAUUCUACUUCUACCUUCACCAGAAUUAUCCAACUCCAUUUGAUCCGCAGAGUCUCUCUCUUCCUUCAUAAGCUAGUUUAAAACCCUGCUCUCCAGAGAACACAAUGUACUCAACUAGACUAGUCUCCACUGUUGUCACCAGUGGUUGAAUAAGUCGCGCAUUUGGCCGCACAGUCGUUGAGAGUCGCCGUGAUGACGCUCGGCUCAAACAGCGUAUCCCCCCGGGUGAGCUACCCAAUCCCUGAACGCCCAUAGGCUGUAUCAGGUGUCAAUCAUAGAAAACAUGAACCCCCUAAUAACUUUUAAGAACGGAGCUUCACAGAAAAAAGAGGACUUGGGCACAAACCAGUCUUACUGUAACUACAUGUCAACAUCACAAGCAGGGGGGAGAAAAAUGUAUGUUCUGUGUAAUAAAUUUCUAAAGUUUGUCCACAGCUCCAUAAGCUUUGCUGGCGGAGGCGGGAUUUAUGACCUAUACUGCAGCCUGUCACCGGAGGGUGCUGUUCUUGGAGUGGCUUCACCCAGCGAGGAGGCAGACUCUGUCCAUUCUAUAUACUGUCUAUGAGCUCACUUCUGUUGUAGCUUUUUUUAUUUGCAUCCUUUUGUUUUCACAGUAAGUAACUUUUUUUUCCAUCGCCACUUGUUUUUGCGUCAUUAGCUUCCGUUUCGCACCGCUUCUUUUUGUAUUUGCAGCGGGCUUCGGUUUCUUUUCUUUUUUUUUGCAUCAGUAACUUCUGUUGUGACUUCUUUUUUUUUGCAUUUUUUUAAAAUUUUAUUUGCAGCAGUGGCAGUUCUCGACCACCGUAUCAGCCCAACAAUUCUAUAUCAGACUUCUAAAUCAUGCUUUAUCAAGAUUUGGUAAGAUAUUUGUUGAGUAAUGAGAGUCUACUCUAUUAAACUGGUAGCUUUUACCUAUUGACAUGACAACUUUCAAUUAUUCCAAAACAGGCUGAACAUACGCAGUCAUAUUAUUGACUAGCAAGGCUCCAUUCCAGUGUGUAUAAUCACUGCUACCUCCUAUUUGAUAUGAAUUCAUGUUGAGAAAGACACAGAUUGAGAAAUACUUUAGUCACGUCGAGUUUUUCAGGCGUCGUGACUGACUGCAACUUCCCUGUAAUCUCUUCUACAACACAUGAACUGAGGACAUCAACAAUAAGAUACUGGAUUGUUUCAUGAAUUCUGAGGAUGGUACAUCACAACAAAACUGUGGUUUUACUCCACGCAGCUUUACAUGAGAGAAAAUACUGAAAAAUUAAGACUUUUUCGGGCCUUUGCUUGUUUUCUGUAAAGAUGCAACAUCAUCAUGCUGCAAACGUGCUGAGGGGCCGGGCAGUGAUGCUACCCUGCGCAUGCGCAUCAAGUAGCGAGCGUCUUUCCGUCAGGUGACGCAAAGCGAGAGCUCCGCCCCCGAGCUCGAGGCUUUUGUAAAGGGUCACGUUGCGCUGCAGCAUUGACACAGAAGACUCGUCUGCAUCCUCUGCCUCUCUCAGCUCUACCUGCGCUCUGUACGAACAGACAUCCACCUCCAGGUAAGAGUGGACUCCUCAUCCGGUCUAUAAUGAGACUCCCUGUAGACAUUUAAUGUUGUUUAAUUCAUAAAAAGAAAGGUUAAUGAUAAAAGAAGUGAUGCGGAUGUGAUGCUGCUCUAUGCCACUCUAGCUAACUUCAUCUCCCGAGCCCACUAAUUACUAGUGUCAGACUUUAAAUAGUCCCUUCAACUCAUUUGUUGUUGUUUAAUAUAAGCAGAAACAAGUUUAACUUUUACCACUUGUUGGUUUUUUGUGUAUGAAUUUAUAUAUUUAAUUCUGUCAUCGAAAUACGCAACAGGAAGGGCGUGAAAACCGUGACCUUCAAGGAUGUAGGCGGAAGAAAAAAGAGCCUGUUGCGUUUUUUCAGUCUGAAUGGACAGACAUCUUGUUUUUUAUACAUGUUUAAUCUCUGUAUAUCGAGUUUAGUGGUGGGGAUGGCAGCUGUGGUUUCCUGUUAGUGUGGAUCUGUGCCUGUCUGCACGUACACCUCCGAUGAGAUGAGAGGAGGGGCGGGAUCAGGGGGAGGACACAGAGAGACUUUAAUGCGUAUUAAAUGUAUAUAAGAUAUAUACGUUUACAAACCAAUACAUUCAUUUAAUCUCACUUUAUAUCAUCAUGAGGGAAAAGGAUUCAUUUAUUUCAGUUUAUUUUAUAUAAUUCUAAUUGAACAUUUGCUGCAAAGCUGUGAUGACUGAUGAAUGAAUGAAUCAUUUGCUGACUGCUGGUGAGAAAUCUUUUCCAGAAAACGUGCUCUCACAUAGUUUCAGUCUCUCUAACGUAAAUUUCCCUCCAGCUUUCUCAGUUUCCUUUUCUAUCAGAAAUAUAUAAACUUGUCAUUUUAAGCAGUUGGUCAAACCCUUCGAGAAUAAAGUGGGGGGCACAUUUUCACAUAAAUUGAAGUAUUUAUUAACCAAAGGAUACAAACAUUGAGCAAAAGAAUCAAUGAUAAAAAUUGAUGUUUCCAUGUGGAGUAUGGAGUUGCGAAAAUAAUUUCCAUCACCUAUAACGUCCAGAUUAUUUCCUGAGUAUACAAGAACAAAAUGUUCCCAAACCCAAAGAUAAUCAUUAUAUUAUCAAAGGAGACAGACUGAGUCAGAAAAACAAUGAGAUUGUGCAGAAUAUAGUCAGACAAACUGCAUUUUUGUUUUGUUAAAAGUUACACUAAUCAUUUGGAAAAUAAUUGCUCAUUAGUUUUUUUGGUUUGUCAUGUAAUUAAUGUAUGACACAUUGUUUUCGUCCUUUUUAAAAUAAUAUGUCUGGGAGUUGCCUCUGACAGUUUCAUUUUUGCCCAAAUACAGAAGCAUGGCACAGUAGUUGCUGGUUCAACUCCCGGCUGCAGCCAUUUGCAGCAUGUCCUCCCCCUCUCUCUCUACUCCCCAGUCAGAGUUAAUGUGUUUUACAUACACUUCAUGAAAACAUAUAGACUGCCUUUUUUAAAUGACAGUUUCCUUGUCCCUCAAACCUUGACAUAAUAAAACAUGUAUUAAACAUAUCAUACUUGUUUAAGAUUUUUUUUAAAAAGAGCAGACUAGUCAACAAAGUUACAAAGAUGGAUAACUUCUGAGGGUAGCAUUCUCAUUUUCACAAGUGUCACCCUCCCUCUGAACUGCUGUGCACACAGCCUUGACUUUUGCCUUACAUAGACUCCUGCAUCAGUGUGCUGCUGGAUUGAGGCCCAAGGAAAGCGAGUCCAAACACACAGACACGUAUCUGCUGCCAAGGCCAGCAGAAGCAGCCGCCUGUCUGCUAAAGAGACACAGUACAGGGAGCAGGCUCCUUGAAUGUGACUAGCUUCCCUCAAGGAACUGUUUCACCUCCUCACAGAGGAAAAAUGAAGGAGACCUGACAAGGAAGUAACCAGUUGCAGCAUGAAAAUUUCCAAACUUCCUUAUUCUUACAAUGAUCAUAUCAUUACUAAUGAAGUAUGUCCAGUCUGAGUGUAGGUAUUGACACAUAAAUCAUCCACUGCAUCAGUCUGAGCAGCAUCACCAUCUUAUGGAGAAAACAUGUAAGACUGUUAGUGGGACAAAUGUUCACCUUGAACCUUUUAAUGCUUGUUUACAAGGCUGCAUCACAGAAAUAUCAGAGACCCUGCUAUGAGUGUGUCUAGAGGUUACGUAUGACGCCACAGCAGGGAGUUGGCUGUUGCAUCUUGAUGUCGCAGUGCAGAAACCUGGAGGCCGACCACUGUGCAACAGGCUGCAGUUAGGAAACACGCAGAGAUGUGGACAAGAUUGAAACAACAAAUUGUUGCACUCUGAUGCCCCUUGAGUAUACUUGUUUAACAAUUUCAUACUUGAUCCACUUCAAACUGCCUUAUUUAUCCUUUUUUAAUAAACACUCCAAACUCACAGACUAAAUCAGGCAGUGAUGUUAUUCAUCAGGAAGUAACCCUGCUCAGUCCUUGAUAACUCAUUUUGUCCUCCAUGGUUCUCUGAUAAUAGCAUCUCAAGGCUGCUACUUCAAAUCAUAUCAGCGUGACAUUCCUGUAUUUUUGCUGAUAAAGAUAAGUCUUCAGACUGCUGCAUCAGUACGUGCAUUGUUGGAGUGCCCUUGAGCAAAUCAAGACAAGAGUAUCUGAAGAGGAAGAUAAAUUCGUCUUUAAAAACUUAAUGAAGUUGUUGUGUGUGUGUUACAUCAGCAGCCAGCCCAGUAAAAGCAGAAAUUCACUCAACAAGUGCUGAGACCUGUGACAAGCUCAAAGCUUUGAUUUAUUUAUUCAAUCAAUUUAUCUUUAAAAACAUGUUCAAAGCAAAAAACUAAAAGAAAACUUUUGUAUAGUUACAUGGAAUUUACUGUGCAUUGCUGUUGUAGAAAUGCUGGUAGGGAUAAGAUCCAAGUUUUCGAUUUACAAAGACUAUUUUUUGUAACUUUCUCCAUUAAGUGAUUUGAUAUCUGCAGAACUCGCCAUUUCGAACUGGUUCUGGAUCUGCGCCGCACCCAUUUUACUGGUGACUGUUGCUGAUGCAUUUGUCGUCUUUAUUAUUUAAUGGCAUCUGGCCAACAGCUUUUAGGUACUAGAUGUGCUGGCGGUAAUGCAAUGCACCAACUGAAAAACAAAUGUACUGCGUAUGACAGGUGAUUCCCUUCUAGACUUUUCUUUAGUUAACUAUUAUUUUAAUAUUUAGUAUUUACUGAUAUUAACACUAUUCAAAAAUAGCUGUAACAUUAAAUCAGACGAUUGUUGCAUUUGUAUUUUUAGCUCCUGAUUCUCCAUCCUGGACCUGAUUUUCUCCUCCAGACAUGAGAGGAAGUCAAACUCUCUGAUCAGACUGGACAAACAUAAAAUAAGCACGAUCCUCCAUUUUGUUAUCAAAAUGGCGCUUGAAGUGAAUCAACAAAUUAAAGGUUUAAAAUACUGUGGUUUGACUAAAAGAGAAAAUUCCUCUUCAAAUUAAGCUCGAUAGAACUAAUGCUGGGUUUUAGGUUUCACAUCUGUGGUGUGAAGGCCUCCCCGCAGGAGGUGAUAAUUGUAUGUCUUGAGACACAGAUUGGGCCUUGGUGUUGUCUUUGCGGACAUGUUCCCUGUGGAUGGAGCAUUUCACGGAGACGAAUGAGAAUCUGAUACUGAAAUAAAAGUCACAGAUAUCAACACUCCUCUGAUUGGUUGAGACAAAAAGCUUUUUUUCUGUCAUUUACUGUAAAUUCCCAGCAAGAGUCUAAGUCAGGGUUGACGGUCUGGAUACCUGAUAGUCACCUGGUGGUCACUGUUGCUGCCAUAAUAUACCCUGUAGUGACAGGUACAAAACAACACUGCUUCUUAAAGCUACAGUGUUGAGACAGAGUUGGGGGAGAUGAAGGCUGGUCUGAUUCGUGAGUUAAAUCUGAGGCAGUGUUUCUGUUUUUCUUUUAUUCCUGCCAACAAAGUCAGACAUUCAAAGUUUAAAAUAGCUGCCUCAAGGUUUUCAUAGCGUUUUGUAGUGUAUCCAUGAAGUGCCCGUCAUAUUUUGGUUUGUGCUGAGUCACAGACUAGCCCACCCAGACUGCUCCUGUGUCAGAGGCGGGUCUCAUGAGAACAGUGGGGGCAUUGUCCUUCAAGGUCCUCUUUUGAUCCCAUCAGUCCAUAUUCAAGAUGAAUGUUAGGACGGCUCUCCAAACUUCAUUGUCUUGUUUAGCCUUAUAUUUCAUUCCUUUAUUAUCAUCGUUUUUAUAAGCUCUGAGAUAAGCUUGCGUUUGUUAAUUUCCUGUUGCGCUUGACUCAACAUUGCAUAAACUUCUAGUCUCCCAUUGCCUCAUUCAUCAUUUUGCAACAUUUCCUCUACAGACAACCCAGCACCACUGGAGCCAGAGUCAAUGAAAAUGUAUUGUUGAAGCACACAUGUGCUGCACAAACGAUAGCAGGUAUUUGCUGAGCAUGACUUUUGUGUGGCUAACAGUGAAUGGGAGCUGCAGACACACAAACAUACAUCAGCCCCGCAGACGUAAAGGCCCUCGAUACGGCCUUUAUCAAGUGUAAAUACCCCUUUUGUGGGAUCGUCUGCAUGCAGGCUCUGAAGAGACACACUGUACUCUGCAGGUCUACUCAUUCGUAACUACACCUGCAUGUUGAAUUUGGCUUUAUCCAGUGAGCUGUACCUGACACUUGUGGUGUCAUAACCGCAGCGCUGUCAUUGACAGGCCUGCUGAGAUCAAGUUUGUAAUCUCAUAGCUUUAAGCUGAGGAUUAACACCAAGGACAUAGGUGGUGUCCUACAUCAGCAUGCCAGCCUGGUUUGAGAAUUCAAUAUCAUAUAAGUUUAUUGUUGAGUUUUUCUGAUGUAUAAUGCACUAACAAGAUGCAGGAUCUAGAGUACUCACACUUGAACCCCUCUUGCUGACAAAAAUCGUGUUAGGUUGAAUUUGAUUGUUAAUACUCAGUUUAGAAGUUUAAUUAGCCCUUAACAUUCAAUCAGUGUAGAUAGAUAGAUAGAUAGAUAGAUAGAUAGAUAGAUACUUUAUUGCUUCAAUUGAUCAUUUUAGUUUAACAGCAUGUCCUUCUUUCUUUACACUUUCUCAUUGACUAAAACCUGAUGAUUUAGAGUAGAUUACUACAAAGACUAGUACAGUGGUUCUCAAGUCCAGUCCUCAAGGCCCACCUUCCUGCAUGUUUUGGAUGUUUCCCUGCUCCAACACACCUGAUUCAAAUGAUUAGCUCGUUAGUAAGCCAUUCCAGAUCUUGAUAACGAGCUGAUCAUUUGAAUCAGGUGUGUUGGAGCAGGGAAACAUCCAAAACAUGCAGGACGGGGGCUCGAGGACUGGACUAAUAAAUCAUUGUAUUACAAUAUACUCAAAUGCUAAAAGCAAGGUAGUAUAUUUUAUUUUUUAAAUCUAAUUUAAGAGCAAAAGCCACAUAGAGAAAAAAAAAACAAACACUUGCAUGAAAUCUGGGUUAUAGUACCCAUCAAAACUGGCUCUACUUGAUGCAAAACUGUGGCACAGUUACUUGCGCUGUCGAACAGACUUUUAGUCAUUGACUGUGUGAGCUGGGAGCGGUUUUGCAUUCGGGUGAAGUCGGUUAGAAAGAGAAGUCACAGCUUGUUCUCAGGCAUUUAAAAGGGGUGAGGUGUUUUAGGUUGUAUGUAAUAGUGGAAAUUUACAAAUCCCAAACCAUGUUCAUCCUUCAUAAAUGAGCAGUAGCAGGAAGCCCAUAGGGAGAUUUGAAGGACACAGCAGGGAUGACAAAAAAAGAACAGAGUCACGAAUAAAAAAAGAAUAAUCAUGUUUGCAUGCAGUGCAGAGAGAGUGCUUUAAUGACAUUAGGUGAAACAGGAAAAGUGUUGCUGAGGAGAGAGAAUUGAGCCGUGCAGCAUCCAGUCCUGCAGCCAUAAUGAGGACUGGCAGCAGAGCAUAUAGGAGCUCUGUUACAUAAUGUCCUGCUCUGUCUACAGCGCUUCAAUGGAUGAGAAAGGAGAGGGGAGGGGCGGGGUUACGUAACUGCUUAUUUACGGUGGAGCGAGGAAGGGAAUGGGGAACAAAAUAAUCUGGUUUGAAGCAUGUGUGUGCAUGUCGGCACGUCGUUGAUAGGACGACUGAUCCCACCGGUGCAACCAGACAAUGUAGCAGAGAGAAAAUGAUCCUUUGAGCUAAAUCAGACUUACUCGGACAUCUUCUUUAGACAUUUUUUUUUUUUUUAGGCUGCAUUACUGUCACUUACAACGUUUGAUUUGGAAAACCGGUUCACAUCUGCUGUGAUCUAUCGUACUGAAACAUUAGAGCUGUCUCCAUCUUCGUCUCUGGUUUCUCUCAUGCUGGCUCUAGUUUUAUCACAUUUCAUCACAUGCCACUGAGCCCUUAGAGGCAGCCAUGUUGAGGGACAAUAGAGUGGGGAAAAAAAAAAGAAAUGGGGCAGGAGCCUGGCAUACCUCCAGGUCGACAUACUGUGAAACAAUUUGAUCUCCAUGGCUCCCUCCCUCCCUCUCUCUCUCUCUCUCCCUUCUUUCUCUUUCAGCCACCAUGACUCACCAAUAUCCCGCACUGACUCCUGAGCAGAAGAAGGAGCUGCAGGGCAUCGCCCAGAGAAUAGUCACUCCAGGAAAGGGCAUCCUUGCAGCUGAUGAGUCCACCGGUAUGCUUGAGUUUGAAUUACAUAGUAAAACUGAAAUAACAUUUUGUCACACUGGUUUUAUAUUCAUACGACCUUAAACAUGUCCUGCUCCAAACUUCAUUUUUUCACACAUACAGAUAUCAGUAUCAAACAGAGCCAGACUGACCAGUCAAACCUGUUUGUUUACGCUCUUAUUACAGUGUUUCACCGUUAACAUCACCUUCAGCUGCAUGUUAUUAUUCGCCAUACAUUACACAGCUCUGUCCCAUUAAUAAGAAACUUGUAUUGCAUCAAAAGUAGUUCACUAGAAUGUAUUCGUGCCUGAUGUUUGUCCCAUUAAAAUUUUCAUUGUGUUCAUUUUGUUAACAGGCAGCAUGGCGAAGCGUCUGAACCCCAUCGGGGUGGAGAACACAGAGGAGAACAGGCGGCGUUACCGCCAGCUGCUCUUCACAGCCGACCAGCGCAUGGACAACUGCAUCGGAGGAGUCAUCUUCUUCCAUGAAACCCUGUACCAGAGCACAGACGACGGCACCAACUUUGCUAAGCUCAUCAAAGACCGCAGCAUUGUUGUUGGCAUCAAGGUACACUACGCUUGCUGUUGUACUUAACUUACCAUCUAAAGUGAACAUUUUCAACCAGGAAAUAGUCGGUUUUAUCUGGUUCUGCAGCCUUUCACCCACAUAUUCCAACCACUUCCUGGUUUCAACAAUUGUCUCUUUUUGUUCAAAUUCUGUCUCAGGAAAGAACUGUAGUCUGGGAAGUUAAACUCAGUUUAUUCGCGUUAAAGUUUUCAGACAAAUAAAAUCCUUUUUCGUUUGUUCAGCUGCUAAAGCUCAAAAGUAACCUACAAGGUGCAGUAUAUGCAAACACGGACUGACUACCAGCAUGUUUAGGUACACACAGACCCACUCCCAGCAGUAGGUCAGGUUUACAGGACAAACUUGGUGAAAGUUUGAGACACAUGUACAGAUGGAUUACAUUGAGCUGCGCCUUGUGACAUACAGAACCAGUAUUUCAUUUAAUCUCAGUAAAUGAGGUUGACUGAUCACUUGUAUGACACUCCAAAGGCUCUAAAGGAUUUAUUUUCCCUUUUUUCACAGGUGGACAAAGGUGUUGUGCCCCUCGCUGGAACAAAUGGAGAGACCACCACCCAGGGUAAAAAGAAUAAUGCCUUAAAAAUCCACAAACAUUUGAAAACCUCCUGCUGUAUUUCUCACCAUCGCCUUUUAUAUGUGUGUGUGUAGGUCUGGAUGGACUGUCUGAGCGCUGCGCCCAGUACAAGAAGGAUGGCGCAGACUUCGCCAAGUGGCGCUGCGUGCUGAAGAUCAGUGAAACCACACCAUCUGAGCUGGCCAUCUUUGAGAACGCUAAUGUCCUGGCACGUUAUGCUAGCAUCUGCCAGCAGGUGAGUGUGAGAUUACUGAUGAUCUGAGGACACAGUUAAGCUUUAUAACAUCAUGAUGUCUGAAUAAGUGAAAAUAUAUCUUGGUUUGCUUUCUAGAACGGUAUUGUUCCUAUUGUGGAGCCUGAGAUCCUUCCUGAUGGAGACCAUGACCUGAAGCGCUGCCAGUAUGUCACUGAGAAGGUGAAUUUAUAGACAAAUGAGUAAAAAGAGUUUAUAUUAACUAAACUGGCUGAUUAUUUUCUCACAAUCCUUUAACAUCCAUGUGUCUCUCACCUGCUGUCAGGUCCUAGCUGCUGUGUACAAGGCUCUGUCAGACCACCAUGUGUACCUGGAGGGGACUCUGUUGAAACCCAACAUGGUCACAGCCGGACACUCCUGCCCCACCAAGUACAGCAGCGAGGAAAUCGCCAUGGCUACCGUCACCGCCCUGCGCCGCACUGUGCCUCCUGCUGUCACAGGUAACAAGACCCCCACAAAUACUUAGAUUUUAGUGACACUCUCAAAACAACUAUCUUAAUUUAGACACUGUGGUCUGCCAGACUGAUGUUAUAAAAUACCAGGCUUUCGCAGAUUGAUCAUGUACACGUGUAUUUGUUUUUCUUAGGAGUGACCUUCUUGUCUGGUGGCCAGUCCGAAGAGGAGGCCAGCGUGAACCUUAAUGCCAUCAACAUCUGCCCGCUUGCCAAGCCGUGGGCCCUGACCUUCUCCUAUGGCCGUGCCCUGCAGGCCUCUGCCCUGAAUGCAUGGAGAGGAGAUCUGAACAACGAGAAGGCCGCCACUGAGGAGUUCCUCAAGCGUGCUGAGGUGAGCCAAAACUACAGACAGUUGUUAGAAAAAUCAGCAGAGGAAAAAUGAUGCAGCAUUUCUAACAAUCUCCCUUUUUUCUUCUCAGGCAAACAGUUUGGCUGCACUUGGAAAGUACGAGUCUUCAGGCACUGGUGGCGCUGCAGGACAGUCCCUCUACGUGGCUAACCAUGCCUACUAAACAUCUUAGGACCCACAUUGAGCUGUGGUGCCUAGUCGUAGUCUUAUAUCUGCUCUGCUAUUUCCCUCUUAUUCCUCCAUCAAUCACUGGCCUGCGCUGUCUGCUGUACUUUAAAUUGUCAGAAUUAUCAAAUUACUUUAUUAGAUGUGUAUUUAAAAACAUUAAUGUGAAACUACAAGACUAAAGGGAACAUGUUUGUUUUUCUUUAAUUUUAAUCAGACCAAUCAAAACCGAUAAACAAUUCAUGGCUGAAGUGGAUUUUAAGUACUUGUCUAGCUAUCUGUCUCUACCAGUCAGUCUGGUCAGAGACAAGAUGUUAGAAGCUGCAAAUUCUUAACAGUGGACCAAGAUAAUCAGCCAGAAUUUAACUCAUUCCUCUUCUUAACUGCACCUGUUGCUGCGCAUGGUGCUUUGCCCCUAUGUGAUAAAUCUGGAGCCCUUUCCAAGCAGGGAGGGGGUGUGUGUCAGUGUUUCGCUUCUGUCUGAACGCAGUAUUGCCUCAUAUUCAAAAUGUGACGCUAAUAUCCUCCCUGACAGUGGGACCAACUGACUACUAGUGGCAUCAGUGAAUCUGUUAAAGGGCAAGACUUUUCAGAUUGAGUCGACAUUUUGAGCGACUUUCCAGACGUGCAGAGUCGUACUUGGUUGUACAUCCAGACAGCUGUAGCUCCAGCAGAGGUCAGCAGAUUCUCUGUUAUAAAGAACAACACACCAGGACUCAUCCUUACCUUUUUUUUCACGCUUCUAAUCACCACUAAUUAGAAAAACAUCUUGUGUGUCUAAUCUCAGUAUAACAUUAGCUUUAAAUUACACACAGUACCUAAUGUAUUCAGUUGUGUGAAGUUGUCAAUAUCAUGUAAUGCUUGUGUGUUAUCCCCCUCCUGGUUCCCCCCCCGGCUCGCCUCACAGGGAGGGGAGACGGUUUGUUUUGACGUGGACCAUCAUGUGGGGUUGGCGACGGGGGAAACAGUCACUGCUGUGUUGGAUUACUGUGAUGUUUGUGAUGUUAAUAUUGUUCUUGAAGCACUUGGUGUGUCAAAUAGUGGAGACCAAUAAACUAAAAUAGAAAAUUAAAAACUCUUUGUGUGACAUUAUUGCAGCCAGCAUCAUCAUAUUUUAAAUCUGAAAUUAUUAUUCAGGGAUGCAUUUGUGUUGUAUUUCUUAAAGGGAUAUUCUGGUGUAAGAUUAAUUUAGGGUCAAACACACCGUAACACUGAGUUAGACACCCCCUCGAGAGAUGAAUGUUGCCAACCACUUGCUUCUC